AAUCUUUGAACUUGACAACAAUGAUAAUAAUUUUACUUUUGUAUAAAUAAAGGAAUCUAAUAUUGUGUGGAAACACAUUAAAACGAUCAUAAUGAACUGCUUCGUCUGUAUAACUUUCACUUUUGUGAUAAUAAUUGGUGCACAGGGUCUAACUGAACAACAGACUGAAAAACUAAACCAAGUUAGCAAGGAAUGUCGUACUUUGACCGGAGUGUCUCAAGAAACUAUAACUAAUGCACGUAACGGCAAUUUCGAAGAUGAUCCUAAACUCAAACUCCAAAUUCUCUGUGUAGGAAAGAAAGUGGGAAUAAUGACUAAAUCUGGACAAGUUGACGAAAACGUGUUAAAAUCCAAACUGAGGAAAGUGUCUGAUAAUGAUGAAGAAGUUGAUAAAAUUUACCACAAAUGCGCGAUCAAGAAACAAGCUCCCGAGGAAACAGCGUUUGAAACAAUAAAAUGUGUCAUGAAGAACAAACCAAAGUUUUCAGCAACGAUCCUAGUGUGGAGUGGUUCGGAAGUGGGAGUACAUAGCAGCAAAAUGAAAUUUCUUGUGUGCCUCCUCUUUGUCAUCGUUGCAGUUAACGCUCUGACACAAGACCAAAAAGAAAAACUCGACAAGAUUAGCAAAGAAUGCAAGAAUCAAUCAGGAGUGUCGCAGGAAUUGAUUGACAAAGCACGCACUGGUGAACUGACCAAUGACCCCAAAUUGAAAGCUCAAAUCUACUGUGUUUCCAAAAAAACUGGCCUUGCCACUGAAGCUGGAGAAAUCAAUAUGGACAAUCUUAAAACCAAAUUGAAAAAAGUCGCUGCUAAUGACGAUGAAGUUAAUAAAAUCAUCCAAAAAUGUGUUGUGAAAAAGCCAACACCGGAAGAAACGGCUUUCGAAGUUUACAAGUGCUUACACGCCAACAAACCCAACUUCUCCGUCGUUGAUUAAAUCGGGCUCAUUGCUUGACUUUUCAGGAAUUUUGGAAUGUCUAUAAUAAUAAAUGAGUUUGUUGCUUGAUGUUAAAUAAGAAAAAUAAACAAUUAGAGUAAAAAUAUAA